GGGAGUUACAUUAUUAUUUCAAAUCUAUCCAUUUGUUAUCACAAUUUUUUUUUUUGCAGCCAAAUUCAAAGGAGUUGUGCAUCCAAAUAAAAACCUAUCCGCAUCUACAUCAAGUGUCAAUGUUUCAAAAAAAUCAUAUUUCCAAACUUCUCCUUCAAGUCUAAAUGUUAGAACUCCGUUAUCUAACAUUUCAAAUGUCAUGGAUAUUUCCGAUAACAGUUUUCAAUCACGGUUACCAAACAUCAGAUUGAAUUCAAACGGAGUUGUCGAUCGAAAUAAAAGUGUAUCCACAUCUACAUCAAGCGCAAAUAGGUCAAAACAAACAAUGUUACGUACUCCUCCUUCACAUUUAAAUGUUAGCAGUCCGUUAUCUAACAUUUUCAACGUCAUCGAUAUUCCCAAUAACAGUUUUCAGACACCGUUACCAAACAUGAAAUUGGAUUCAAACGGUAACGUACUUGAUUGCUUUUAAACUUUUUAAGUUUUUUUAAAUAUAUGUAAUAAAAUUUAUUACAUCAUCGUCUUUUUAUAUCAUCUCUUUAUCAAUAUUCAUAUUCAUAUAAUAUUAAAAUAAUUAUUAAACAAUUUUACAUUUCUGAUAACCAUUUUUUUUAUAUGAAUCCAAAGGAGUUGUACAUCGAAAUAAAAGCACAUACCGAUCAAAAACAAGUUCAAGUACAUCAAAACAAGCAAUGUUACAACCUCCUCCAUCACAUUUAAAUGUUAGAACUCCGUUAUCUAACAUUUCCAACGCCGUGGAUAUUUCCAAUAAUAGUUGUCAAUCGCCGUUAACAAAUAUUAGACAAUUCUCUGUAUUUUCAAAUGGCGACACAUCCAACAAAUCAUCUACAAUAACAUCAAAAUCGUCUUCAGUCCUGUUAUCUAAUCCAAAUAAUAAAGCAAAGAAAAAAAGGACAAAUUUAACUCCUAUUCCAAUAUUUGGUUUGAGAUCCGAUCAAGACAAAAUCGAUGGUCAAAAUGAGCAAAACAUAUACAACGGUAUAUCAAAAGAUUAUUUGGAUCAUGGUGAUCAGAUUGUUGUAUGCCAAACAUGUUUUGCAAAAUUAUGGAAAGAUGAAUCUAUCAAAUGUAAAAAAAAUGAGAAUCAAAAUUAUUCUUUAUGUUGUGGUUAUGGCAAAGUUGAACUACCAACUUUAAAGAAUGCACCUUCAAGUUAUGCCCAUCUUUUUACAUCGGGAGAUUCUAAAAGCAAACACUUCAUGAAGAACAUUCGUUCUUACAAUUCUAUGUUUUCUUUUACGUCAAUGGGUGGAAAGAUUGAUUCCUCAAUCAAUAGAGGAAAUGCUCCAUACAUUUUUAGACUUAGCGGUCAAAAUUAUCAUAGUAUCGGAAGCCUUUUACCGGAACAUGGGUUAAAACCAAAAUUCUCUCAGUUGUACAUAUACGAUACUGAUAAUGAGAUCGCGAAUAGACGGACAUGUUUUGGUGGAGAUAAUCAACGAUCUACGUCAAAUUCUUCUGUCCUUGAUAAUGAUAUUAUACAAGAUUUGAAGUUGAUGUUGGAUUCAAAUAAUGUUUUGGUUCAGUCUUAUAGAAUGGUUAGGGAUUGUUUUCAUCAAAACCCUCAUGUUGAUAUCAAGUUGAGACUUAUUGGAAGAAGGGACCAAGAUGGAAGGAUAUACAACCUACCAUCUGCUUCUGAGGUUGCCGCUUUAAUUGUUGGAGAUAUUGGUGAUUCAAUUGAUAAUAGAGAUAUUGUUGUUCAAACGUCAUCAGGUUCUCUACGGCGUAUUAGUGAAUUACAUCCAUCAUACCUUCCUCUUCAGUAUCCACUAUUGUUUCCAUAUGGUGAUGAUGGUUACAGGGUUGACAUACCACAUCGAGGUAUUACACCAACAAGCAACAGUAAGAGGCCCAACUGUACAAUGAGAGAGUUUUUUUCUUAUAGAAUACAAGACAGGGAUCAAUAUUUUUCACUAAUUCUUAAUUCAAAAAGGUUGUUCCAACAGUUUUUGGUUGAUGCUUAUACUAUGAUUGAAAGUGAAAGAUUACAUUUCAUAAGGAGCAAACAACAAAUUCUUAGAUGUGAGUCUUAUGAAAAGUUACGUACUCAACAGAACCUAGGGAAUAAAGAUAUAUCCAAUAUUGGACAACGUGUAAUCUUACCUUCUUCAUUCACUGGUGGUGCACGUUAUAUGAUGCAAAACUACCUUGAUGCCAUGUCCUUAUGUAAAUGGUUUGGAUAUCCUGAUUUCUUCAUAACCUUUACAUGUAAUCCAAAAUGGCCUGAAGUUAAAAGGUUUCUUCAUAACACUUCACUAAAUCCAGAAGAUAGACCUGAUAUCUUAUGUAGGCUAUUCAAAAUAAAGCUCGAUGCUUUGAUUAAAGACAUACGGGAAAAUAAAAUUUUCGGCAUUGUUCAAGGAGGUAAUAAAACUUGUAUUUAUUUCUAAUAGUUUUGUUAUAAUGAUUAUUUAGUUUGUUAA